UGUACCGUAUGUCAAACAAGAAACGGAAAGAACUGCUGUUGGGAGACGAAAACUGUUUACCUUCCGAUUGGAUUGUUACUCAUAUCUCCGGAUUAUUGCUUAGUAUGUGUCGUAGUGAUUAGAUAAGAAUUUAGUGAUAAUUUGUCAAGCAUAAAAGUAAAUAACAGCUAAAUCGUGAUAAUCAGUAUUGUUUUCAUUAAUCGCUGGUGUUUCUGUUCACCAAGUCAAAGCUCAUUCGUGCUAUAUGUGUAAAUGCAUAUAGACUUCUAGAGAAAUUUCGGCAAUUGCUUUCGGCAGUACUUGACACUAAUUUACUUGCUGCAACGUCACGUACAGCGCUAUAAUUGCUACAACCAAUUGAAAUUUAAGAGUUUUCUACAAGUGUUGAAGAAAUAUGUGUGUGAUAUUCUUUUAUGUGAACUCUAAUCCAAGCGCGGGUGGUUAUAAACUUAUACUAGCAUCAAAUCGGGAUGAAUUUUUCGCUAGGGACACACAAGAUGCCGCAAAAUGGGCUAACGCCGAGCAUGUUUAUGGCGGCAUUGACCUAGAACCUGGACGUGAAGGUGGUACUUGGCUGGCUAUUGGUGGACAUGGUGGUGUUUUUAAAAUAGGUGCAUUGCUGAAUUUGACUGGCGAACCAAAACCAAGGAAUGCUGUGGCUGCACACCAUAACAUAAUGCACUUCAAUUAUGACAACAAUAAGGCUGACACAACAGGAAUCAUCACACCCAAAGACAACAAACCAUUACCACUACUACACAAUGAAAAUUUUUUGCUAGGCCGUGGCAUGAUCGUGUCGAACUUUGUCGCCUCCGCGGAUGAUUGCAAUAUAAAAACUUACAAUGCUGAAUUGUUGGCGGAUUGUACCAAGUACAGCGCUUUCAAUUUCGUCUCAAUCGAAAUUGGCAUUUCGAAAACACCCGCUGCCAUCACGCUGUUAAGCAAUUCUCCACCCACUUUGGAGCAUUUUGCUGAAGGCAAAUGUUAUGGUUUUGGCAACAGUUUGGAUGCGGUACCUUUGCAAAAAGUCAUCAAUGGGCGUCAACGUUUUCAGAGUAUUGUUGAAAGUGCGCUCAAAAAAUUGUCAGACACUCCACAAGAAGGAGCGCAAAAUCUACAAAAUGAAUUGGUUACAAAUCUGAAAAAUUUAUUAAAGUGUAAACAAAAAUUUUGGCCAGAUGCGGAAUUGAAACGACGCGCGCCCAAUUGGGGCGAACACCUGAGUGCGUUGAAUGUGAAUGUGCCGUUAGAGGAUUAUGGUAGUCGCACACAUACUGUUAUACUAAUUGAUGAGCACAAUAAAAUGCAUUUCUACGAGGAGACAAUGGCUGGACUCGAUCCGGAAGGCGAAUGGCGAAAAACACAUAUUGUGAAACCGUUCUUUCAAAACCAAAACUAAGUUCGCGACGCAAUAAUUUGUUCGUAAACAGUGUAAGGUGUUGGUGUAGUAUGCUGCAGUUUGGUUGUUGAAACGCAAUGCCUCUUAAUAACAAUUUUUGUACUCAGGUGAAAUGACUAAAUGUUUUAAUUUGCUUUUUUUUUUGUUUUUGCAUAAAGAUCUAACAAAAAGUUAUUAUAUGCAUACGACUGCUUUCAGUUAAGUUGUUUAAAUAUGGA